AUGUUAUAUUAAAUAAUUUCUUUUUGUUUAAUUUUUAAAGCAAGGAUCUCUUAAUAAUUGAAUCUAAUUGUUAUUUAGUAAUUUACUGAACUCUAUAGGCUUUUUAAUUAAAAAAUUGAAGUAGCGUGUAAAUGCUAUCUAAUUGAGAGUAAUCCAAUAAUUGUUAUAAAUGGGAAAAAAUUUUUUUUAAAGAACAGAAUUUAUACCAGGAAUGCAUACAAAUAUUUAGAUCUUUUUGAAUUGAGAAAACGAAUUAUUAAAUCCCUAUCUUAGUCGAUGAACUAUUUCCUCUAAAUAAUGAUGAAUUACAAAGAUGUUAAAUCUUAAAAGUUUAUUAUUAAAAAAAUUAAAUAAAAAUUAUUAAAAUAGAAUUUGAAUCUAUAUUGCGAGUUCAUAAUGCAAUAUGAAUAACAAUAUUAAAAUGUUAUGAAAAACGCUACUACAAUAAGAGCAGACAUGUAUUUAAUUAUGAACAUUCAAAUACAAUAUUUUUCUACCUCAAAAAGUUUAUUACCUUUAUCAUUAUAUAAUUCUAAUUCUAUUAGACUUAAAUAUAUUAUGGGUUCUAUUACUUUUUGGAUUAGAUUAAAUAAGUUAUCUAAAGGAUGA